AUCCCGUCCUGGUUCUGGGUUCAAUUCUGCUUGUUCAGCUUCACAUCCUCCCAUUUCCCCUCCUCAUCCUGUCUCGCGCCUGCUGUGCUGCCUACCGUGGUCUAGCCGAGGUGCCUGUUCACGCCGCCGCCGCCGCCCCCCCCGUCAUUCCCGGGCUGGACGUGCCUCUAAAUCCAGGUUUCUGGUGCGACUAGCACCACCGCCUACCACUCCCCCCGCGGCUUCUGGCCCGUUGCUGGGGCCCCUUCCUCCCGUCGCAAUCUUGUCUCGCCGGCCACCUGCACUUCCACUGAGAUUAUCAUCCCAACUUGAUCCCCCCUCCCAUUUACCCCCCCUCCUGGGCACGUUCCUGGGUCUCAUCCAGGCAUCAACCGGCAUGACGCAGCUUUUCGCUUCCAGCCCGUCCUCCGUGACGAACGAGAAACGGGGCAAUUUCCCCGGUCUCUCGCUGGCCUCCAAGAAGCACUCGAACGAAUCCAGCCACCUCCCCACCAGAAUCAAGAAUUUCUUCCGCAUCAACAGCUCCAGCAGUAACUCCUCCCAUGUCAGCCACCACAGCAACGAACACCGGGAUCGCGAAGGCACCUCGUCCUCCCUCACCAAGCCGGAAACCAAAUCCGCCUUCAGGCAGUCCCGGUUCCUCCCAACCAUCGGCCGCAAUCGCUCGACAACCGUGGCCAGCGAAGGCAACCCGCUAGACGACGGCGUCUCGCCCACCGCGACCGCCAACCCGUAUUUCGUCCACCAGGGCCAGCCCUCCCUGCAGCAUCGCAACGAUGGCUCCGAGCCCUCGUCCCCUCCCGACACCCCCGAGUUGCAGGUCGACGGUGUGUCUGCUGCCGAGCAGGCCACCACCGCUAACAAGGAGGAAUUGGCCCGGAAACUCCGCCGGGUGGCCUCCGCCCCGAAUGCGCAGGGCUUGUUUGCCCGCGGCGAGUCCGAUGACCGCCCCCAGACGGCUGAACUGGGAAAGGAACCGUUGGUGGAGCAGUCUGGGGCUGGGGAUGCUCAGGUCACGACGGUGGAGCUGUCCGGCGAGCAUGAGGUCAACCUGGCCGUGCCGAAACUCGGUCCGCUCAGCAAGAUCCCCACUCCCGGCCAGAUUCGGGACUCGGUUGCUUUCCGCAGGACUUACAGCUCCAACUCGAUCAAGGUGCGCAAUGUGGAGGUGGGCCCGGGCAGUUUCGACAAGAUCAAGUUGAUUGGGAAGGGUGACGUUGGAAAGGUGUAUCUGGUUCGGGAGAAGAAGACCAGCCGGCUGUACGCCAUGAAGGUCCUGAGCAAGAAGGAAAUGAUCAAGCGGAAUAAGAUCAAGCGCGCGCUGGCCGAACAGGAAAUUCUCGCUACCAGCAACCAUCCGUUCAUCGUCACGCUUUACCACUCUUUCCAGUCCGAGGACUACCUCUACCUGUGCAUGGAAUACUGCAGUGGGGGCGAAUUCUUCAGGGCCCUUCAAACCCGCCCAGGGAAGUGCAUCUCCGAGGAUGCUGCCCGGUUCUACGCGGCAGAAGUUACUGCUGCUCUGGAGUAUCUUCACCUGAUGGGAUUUAUCUACCGUGAUCUGAAGCCAGAAAACAUCCUUCUCCACCAGUCAGGCCACAUCAUGUUGUCUGAUUUCGACCUUUCGAAACAGUCCGGCCCGGGCGGUGCGCCUACGAUGAUUCCGGCCCGGAGCGGCAACUCCACGACGUCUCUCCCGACCAUCGACACCAAGUCGUGUAUUGCCGAUUUCAGAACCAAUUCGUUUGUUGGUACGGAGGAGUACAUUGCGCCCGAGGUCAUCAAGGGCUGCGGACACACCAGCGCCGUGGACUGGUGGACUCUGGGCAUCCUGAUCUAUGAGAUGCUCUACGGGACGACGCCGUUCAAAGGCAAGAACCGCAACGCCACGUUUGGAAACAUUCUGCGCGACGAAGUGCCGUUCCCUGAUCAUGCUGCGGCGCAGCCUACUUCGAACCUGUGCAAAUCGUUGAUCCGCAAGCUGCUGAUCAAGGACGAGACCAAGCGCCUGGGGGCUCGCGCGGGCGCCUCGGACGUGAAGACGCACCCCUUCUUCCGGCAGACGCAGUGGGCGCUGAUCCGCCACAUGAAGCCGCCGAUGAUCCCCAACCAGAGCCGGGGGACGGAAACGCUGAACUUCCGCAACGUCAAGGAGAGUGCCAGUGUGGACAUCGGGGGCAACACGAAGAUGCAAGGCGUGCCGAUGGACUCGGGGCUUGCCACGCCCAACGGCGAGAUCGCAGAUCCGUUCGAAGAGUUCAACAGCGUCACCCUUCAUCACGACGGGGACAUGUGAGGUGCUUUCCGCGCGCGGAGACGAGACGAGACGCCCAGCGUGCGUUGUAUCGCUAGAGGCAUUAUUUUACGACCAUGAUGCAUGAAAGAUCUCUACCUCGGGAGUUCGCGAUCUCCUUCCAGCCUAUUACCUGGCGUAUCGGCUUUGACCUUGUGCUUUGACUUGGGAGUUCUGUUUUUUGUUCGUUUUACUUACAUAUGGUGGCUAUCGAUACAUGCUGAUAUCCAAGUGACUACGGUCCAACCCCAUGCAUGGGCUUAAUUUUCGGUUGUGGAUUUUGAUGCGGUAGCAUUGUACGGCUGCUGCUUUUUUUUUUUUUUCUUUUCUUAUUUGUUUUUAUUUU